UUUGUCUGGUGCUGGGAGUGAGGCUUAGCAGUGCGAGGGACAAUCGGAGCUGCUCGGGGGGCAGGCUGCCGCGUUGUGUCCUGCUUUCCGGCAGCCAGACCAAGCCGCCUGGAGCUGCUCGUCAGGUUUUCUUGCUGACCUCACCUGAGCACAGUGGCCUGGGUGGACUCUCCAGGGAAAUGUUGGUUUCUCCCCGUGAGCAGUAGCAGCAGUCCUGGCUCUCCCGGACUGAGAACUCAUCAGCCCCAGCAAGCCUGGAGCCCCUUUCAGGGAUCUGUAACUGGCGUGCCUGUGGCCCCAGGUCUGCUCCCAGGCGUGAGCUGAAGUCCUGACCUCUGUCGCUGGGGGCGAGGAGUGGGAGAGCCCAGAGCCCAGCUGCUGCCCAGGCUCUGGCAGACAGCAGGCUGAUGGUGCUGGCUUCCCUGGGACUGCUUCUCCUGCCUGCUGUCUGAUUUCCCUGCAUGGUGCCCGCAGCUGAGCUGCUACGGUGAGUGGUUCCAGCUGGUGCCUGGCCUGCGUCUCUUGGAUGCCCUGAGGCUUCACUCCGUCUCCUGUUGCCCAUCACCUCGUCCCUGGGCCACCUGAUACCCCAGCCCAACAGCUAAGGUGUGGAUGGACAGUAGGGGGCUGGCUUCUCUCACUGGUCAGGGGUCUUCUCCCCUGUCUGCCUCCCGGAGCUAGGACUGCAGAGGGGCCCACCAUGGUGCUUGCAGGCCCCCUGGCUGUCUCGCUGUUGCUGCCCAGCCUCACACUGCUGGUGUCCCACCUCUCCAACUCCCAGGAUGUCCCCAGUGAGCCCAGCAGUGAGCAGCAGCUGUGCGCCCUGAGUGAGCACCCCACGGUGGCCUUUGAAGAUCUGCAGCCAUGGGUCUCUAACUUCACCUACCCUGGAGCCCGGGAUUUCUCCCAGCUCGCCUUGGACCCCUCCAGGAACCAGCUCAUUGUGGGAGCCAGGAACUACCUCUUCAGACUCAGCCUUGCCAAUGUCUCUCUUCUUCAGGCCACAGAGUGGGCCUCCAGUGAGGACACGCGCCGCUCCUGCCAAAGCAAAGGGAAGACUGAGGAGGAGUGUCAGAACUACGUGCGAGUCCUGAUCGUCACCGGCCGGAAGGUGUUCAUGUGUGGGACCAAUGCCUUUUCCCCCGUGUGCACCAGCAGACAGGUGGGGAACGUCAGCAGGACAAUUGAGAAGAUCAAUGGUGUGGCCCGCUGCCCCUACGACCCACGCCACAACUCCACAGCUGUCAUCUCCUCCCAGGGGGAGCUCUAUGCGGCCACGGUCAUCGACUUCUCAGGUCGGGACCCUGCCAUCUACCGCAGCCUGGGCAGUGGGCCACCACUUCGCACUGCCCAGUAUAACUCCAAGUGGCUCAAUGAGCCAAACUUCGUGGCAGCCUAUGAUAUUGGGCUGUUUGCAUACUUCUUCCUGCGGGAGAACGCAGUGGAGCAUGACUGUGGACGCACCGUGUACUCUCGCGUGGCCCGCGUGUGCAAGAAUGAUGUGGGGGGCCGAUUCCUGCUGGAGGACACGUGGACCACAUUCAUGAAGGCCCGGCUCAACUGCUCCCGCCCGGGCGAGGUCCCCUUCUACUAUAACGAGCUGCAGAGUGCCUUCCACUUGCCGGAGCAGGACCUCAUCUACGGAGUUUUCACAACCAAUGUAAACAGCAUUGCGGCUUCUGCUGUCUGCGCCUUCAACCUCAGUGCUAUCUCCCAGGCUUUCAAUGGCCCAUUUCGCUACCAGGAGAACCCCAGGGCUGCCUGGCUCCCCAUCACCAACCCCAUCCCCAAUUUCCAGUGUGGCACCCUGCCUGAGACCGGUCCCAACGAGAACCUGACGGAGCGCAGCCUGCAGGACGCGCAACGCCUCUUCCUGAUGAGCGAGGCCGUGCAGCCGGUGACACCCGAGCCCUGUGUCACCCAGGACAGCGUGCGCUUCUCACACCUCGUGGUGGACCUGGUGCAGGCUAAAGACACGCUCUACCAUGUACUCUACAUUGGCACCGAGUCGGGCACCAUCCUGAAGGCGUUGUCCACGGCAAGCCGCAGCGUCCGCGGCUGCUACCUGGAGGAGCUGCACGUGCUGCCCCCUGGACGCCGCGAGCCUCUGCGCAGCCUGCGCAUCCUGCACAGCGCCCGCGCGCUCUUCGUGGGCCUGAGCGACGGCGUCCUGCGGGUCCCACUGGAGAGGUGCGCCGCCUACCGCAGCCAGGGGGCAUGCCUGGGGGCCCGGGACCCGUACUGUGGCUGGGACGGGAAGCAGCAACGUUGCAGCACGCUCGAGGACAGCUCCAACAUGAGCCUCUGGACCCAGAACAUCACCGCCUGUCCUGUGCGGAAUGUGACACGGGAUGGGGGCUUUGGCCCUUGGUCACCAUGGCAACCAUGUGAGCACUUAGAUGGGGACAACUCAGGCUCUUGCUUGUGUCGAGUUCGAUCCUGCGACUCCCCUCGACCCCGCUGUGGGGGCCUUGACUGCCUGGGGCCAGCCAUCCACAUCGCCAACUGCUCUAGGAAUGGGGCGUGGACCCCGUGGUCAUCGUGGGCGCUGUGCAGCACGUCCUGUGGCAUCGGCUUCCAGGUCCGCCAGCGAAGUUGCAGCAACCCUGCUCCACGCCACGGGGGCCGCAUCUGCGUGGGCAAGAGCCGGGAGGAGCGGUUCUGUAACGAGAACACGCCUUGCCCGGUGCCCAUCUUCUGGGCUUCCUGGGGCUCCUGGAGCAAGUGCAGCAGCAACUGUGGAGGCGGCGUGCAGUCGCGGCGUCGGGCCUGCGAGAACGGCAACUCCUGCCUGGGCUGCGGCGUGGUGAGGGUCGGGGCCGUGGGCCAGGGGCGCGGCGAGGGAGACUGGGGCCGAGGGGAGGGCGGGCCCGGAGGCCGCGGGGCUCUAAAAUCACCUCUUCGCCACCCGCAGGAGUUCAAGACGUGCAACCCCGAGGGCUGCCCCGAAGUGCGGCGCAAUACGCCGUGGACGCCGUGGCUGCCCGUGAACGUAACGCAGGGCGGGGCGCGGCAGGAACAGCGGUUCCGCUUCACUUGCCGCGCGCCCCUGGCCGACCCGCAUGGCCUGCAGUUCGGCAGGAGAAGGACCGAGACGAGGACCUGCCCCGCGAACGGCUCCGGAGCCUGCGACACCGACGCCCUGGUGGAGGACCUCCUGCGCAGCGGGAGCAUCUCCCCGCACACGAUGAGCGGGGGCUGGGCCGCCUGGGGCCCGUGGUCGUCCUGCUCCCGGGACUGCGAGCUAGGCUUCCGCGUCCGUAAGAGAACAUGCACUAACCCGGAGCCCCGCAAUGGGGGCCUGCCCUGCGUGGGCGAUGCUGCCGAGUACCAGGACUGCAACCCCCAGGCUUGCCCAGUUCGGGGUGCGUGGUCCUGCUGGACCUCAUGGUCUCCAUGCUCAGCUUCCUGUGGUGGUGGUCACUAUCAACGCACACGUUCCUGCACCAGCCCUGCACCCUCCCCAGGUGAGGACAUCUGUCUCGGGCUGCACACGGAGGAGGCACUAUGUGCCACACAGGCCUGCCCAGAAGGCUGGUCGCCCUGGUCUGAGUGGAGUACGUGCACUGAGGACGGAGCCCAGAGCCGAAGCCGGCACUGUGAGGAGCUCCUCCCAGGGCCCAGCGCCUGUGCUGGAAACAGCAGCCAGAGCCGCCCCUGCCCCUACAGCGAGAUUCCUGUCAUCCUGCCAGCUUCCAGCAUGGAGGAUGCCACCGACUGUGCAGGGUUCAAUCUCAUCCACCUGGUAGCCACGGGCGUCUCCUGCUUCUUGGGCUCUGGGCUCCUGACCCUGGCAGUGUACCUGUCUUGCCAGCACUGCCAGCGUCAGUCCCAGGAGUCCACACUGGUCCAUCCUGCCACCCCCAACCACUUGCACUACAAGGGUGGAGGCACGCCGAAGAAUGAAAAGUACACACCCAUGGAGUUCAAGACCCUGAACAAGAAUAACUUGAUCCCUGAUGACAGAGCCAACUUCUACCCAUUGCAGCAGACCAAUGUGUACACGACUACCUACUACCCAAGCCCCCUGAACAAACAUAGCUUCCGGCCCGAGGCCUCACCUGGACAACGGUGCUUCCCCAACAGCUGAUACCGCCGUCCUGGGGACUUGGGCUCCUUGCCUUCCUAAGGCACAGAGCAGGUGGAGAUGGGACAGUGGAGCCAGUUUGGUUUUCUCUCUCUGCACUAGGCCAAGAACUUGCUGCCUUGCCUGUGGGUGGUCCCAUCUGGCUUCAGAGAGCUCUAGCUGGCAUUGACCAUGGGGGAGAGGGCUGGCUUCAGGCUGGCAUAUGGCUGCAGGUCCAGUUCAGCCCAGGUCUCUCAUGGUUAUCUUGCAACCCACUGUCACGCUGACUCUACGCUGCGAUGCCUGGGCUGUGGACGUACUGGGCAUUUGAGGAAUUGAAGAAUGGAGAUGGCAAGAGGGCAGGCUCUUAGGUUUGGGUUGGAAACAACUUCCUGUGGCCCCCACAAGCUGAGUCUGGCCUUCUCCAGCUGACCCCAAAAACGGCCUGUGCUACAUCCUGAUGAUCUCUGAAAGUAAUCAAUCAAGUGGCUCCAGUAGCUCUGGAUUUUCUGCCAGGGCUGGGCCAUUGUGGUGCUGCCCCAGUGUGACACGGGACCAAGGUCAGAGCAGGUUGUCCACCUCUGCCUGGAAGUCUAUACUCUACCCAGGGCAUCCCUGGUCAGAGGCAGUGAGUACUGGGAGCUGGAGGCUGGCCUAUGCUUAGAAGUCCUUUAAUCUGGGCUGGUACAGGCCUCAGCCUUGCCCUCAAUGCACGAAAGGUGGCCCAGGAGAGAGGCUCAAUGCCAUAGGAGGCAGAAGUCUGGUCUCUGUGCCUUUAUGGAGACUGUUUUCCAGUUGCUGCUCGACAAAGUUGUUGGCUGAGACCUGCUUGGGAGUCUCUUCUGGCCCUUCAUCUGUUCAGGAACACACAUACACACACACAAUCACAAUUUGCUACAGCAACAAAAAAGACAUUGGGCUGUGGCAUUAUUAAUUAAAGAUGAUAUCCAGUC